UUGAGUAAAUGGUAUACAGCUCCUAUGGAUAUGCUUCAUCCAUGUUGAUGUAUGAGUCAAGGAAAUGGGGUAAACUCCAUCACUUCAUAAUGAUUAACUUCUAUAUCAAAGUUAACCAUGUUUAUGUUUUCCAUCUCGAUCACUUGACCUACAGAAAAAAUUAAAGCCAAGAAAGAUUUUUAGGAUGAAAACUAUGUGCUACUUCAGACCUCUCUUUCCUUUAUUGGCUCUACUUAUUAUUCAUUCAUUAGUAGCAGUGGUCUCUUCUAAGGGAGCUGGUACAAGAACUGUUUGGAAAACAUUGCGAGGAUCUCCUCCACUGGUCAUUGCACGUGGUGGGUUUUCAGGGAUAUUUCCAGAUUCAAGUUCAGAUGCCUAUAAUUUGGCACUGAACACUAGUGUUCCAAAUGUCAUUCUAUGGUGUGAUUUGCAGUUGACAAAGGAUGAAGCUGGGAUUUGUUUUCCAGACCUGAAGCUAGACAAUGCCACUGAUAUUUCCUUCAUGUACCCAGCCAGAGCCAAGAGUUACUUAGUUAAUGGGGUUCCAACCAAGGGAUGGUUUUCCAUUGAUUACAACUUGACAGAACUAACAGGUGUCUCACUUAUGCAAGGAGUCUACACUCGAAGCUAUAGCUUUGACGGAAAUAAAUAUCACAUUCUUACUGUUGAAGAAGUGAUUAAAUUGGUAAAAUCACCAUCAGUGGGCCUGUGGUUGAAUGUUCAGAAUGAUGCAUUCACCAAGGAAAGGAAAUUGAGUACAGAAAGAUAUCUACUUUCUCUGCCUACCAAAGUCAGUUACAUUUCAUCUCCUGAUGUGGCUUUCUUGAGCCGCAUAAAAUCAGUCGUCAGACCUAGAACAACCAAACUAGUCUUUAGGUUUCUAGAGAAGAAUGAGACAGAACCUGCUACCCAUCAGACUUAUGGAUCACUCUUGAAAAAUCUCAAGUACAUCAAGACAUUUUCUUCUGGAAUUCUUGUCCCCAAGGAUUAUAUAUGGCCAGUGGAUCAUCACCUUUAUCUACAACCGCAUACCUCUCUUGUCUCAGAUGCUCAUAGAGAAGGGCUGCAAGUUUUUGUGUCAGACCUUGUUAAUGAUGUUCCAUUUAGCUACAAUUUUAGUUAUGAUCCUCUUGCUGAAUGUCUGUCUUAUAUUGACAAUGAUGAAUUCUCAGUUGAUGGUGUACUUUCUGACUUCCCAAUAACUCCAUCCGCAGCCAUAAAUUGCUUUCAUGGCCUAGAGAAAAAUGCCACAAAACAAGUGGAGACUCUGGUUAUAUCAAAAUAUGGAGCAAGUGGAGACUAUCCUGCUUGUACUGACUUGGCUUAUAAGCAUGCUAUAUCUGAUGGAGCAGAUAUACUCGACUGUCCAGUUCAGAUGUCCAAGGAUGCAAUACCAUUUUGCUUAAGCUCAAUAGAUCUUACGGAAAGCACAACCGUUGCUAAAUCAAAAUUCAGGAACCUUACAACAACUAUUCCAGAGAUUAAAUCUGGCAGUGGCAUUUAUGCUUUCAACUUGACAUGGAAUGAGAUAAAAACCUUGACUCCCUCAAUAUUGAACCCCUAUGAAAAAUUUCGUUUGCUACGGAAUCCAAAAUUCAGAAAUCAGGGAACAUUUUUAAACUUGUCUGAUUUUUUGUCCUUGACAAAAGGUCAGACAACUGGUCUCUUGAUCAGCAUAGAGAAUGCAGAGAAGCAGGGACUAAGCAUGAUCACCAAUGUAGUCCUUGAUGCUUUGCAAAAAGCAGAUUAUGACAAGCCAGGGCCCCAAAAAAUUAUGAUCCAGUCUACUCAUAGCUCCGUACUAAAGAUAUUCAAAGAGAGAACCAAAUAUGAAAGGGUGUACAAGGUUGAUGAGAAUAUUGGUGAUGCUCUUGAUUCAGCUGUUGUGGACAUCAAGGCAUUUGCCGAUUCUGUGGUGAUUGGAAAGGAAUCUGUUCUUCCUCUAACUUCAACCUUUCUAGUUAACUAUACACACACUAUAGCAAGGCUAAAAUCAUUUAACCUCUCAGUUUAUGUAGAAACUUUCAGCAAUGAGUUUGUAUCUCAAGCGUGGGACUACUAUGCAGAUGCAUUUGUUGAGAUAAAUUCAUUUGUUAUGGGAGCCAAAGUUAAUGGCAUUAUCACAGACUUCCCUAAGACAGCUGAUAGAUACAGAAAAAACAGGUGUUUAAAGCAAGGCAACAAAAAUGCUUAUAUGAAUCCUGUUGAACCUGGCAGGCUCUUAAAACAAAUUUCCCAGGAUUACUUACCACCACCUGCUCCUUCACUUCCAAUCUUGACUGAUAAUAAUGUGACAGAGCCACCUUUGCCUGCUGUUUCUCCAGCCCCCACCACAGCAUAAACAAAGACAAACAAAGAGGAAACCAAAUGUUAAGCUUCACGGUUGGAAUUAAACUAUCUUUUCAAAAUGAACAUUGUUAAUGCUACGAUAAUCUUUUUGUAUCAGUUACUUGCUUGAAUAAGAUGCACUAAGCUUUUGACUGUCACGU